AUGGUAGAGAUGCCCUACAAAUAUGACAAUCUAGUGACGACAACUUCUAUUGGCACCAGUGCCAGAUUAAACCCUGUGGAGGCUGCUAGGCAGUUAAAAUCUCAGAAACCCCCUUGUAAAUUAUUUCAGAGUCAGAACACCUGCCCUGCCACCCACAGCCCACACUGCAGCCUGCAAGCCCCUUCUCAAAAGCCCCUUCGACAAAGUUCUGGGGAAGAGGCAGACAGAGGCAAACUUGUUCCUGUCGAGGAAGACACAAGCCUGCCUGUGAAGAAUGCCAAGGUCACCAGAGUGCUGGAGGAGAGGCAGAUAAAAGUGGGUUCCCACAGUCUGUCCGCUCACAUCUCUUCCCAGUCCCCCCCCCCCCUCAGCUUCACUCGCCAUCCUGCCCACCUGGCCGCAAAACCCACUCCCCUUCGCCUUUGCCCAGAUACAUUCAACUUGGCCAUGUGGCACAUGCUGCUACUGAGUGGGUUGCUGGCAGGGGUGCCACCCUGGGGUGCCUGUGCCCCUUGGGAGAUAAACUCCGAUGAUGGUCAGCCACAGGAAUCUGCAGUGGUUACCCUCAAUGACAGCUGCCGGGCAGAAGUCCUCUGGCGGGCAGCUUCUGCAAUGCUUCAGCAGCUUCGGUUGGACCGGCCUCCUAGGAUUGCAGCCAGUGCAGCAGACCAAGCACACGAAACUUGGGCCAAGGUGGCGAGGGAGCUCCCAACCCUGUCCAGUCAGGGGCAGUACCUUGAUAUCUUCUCCAAUCAAACGCUGCUGAUACGAAGAGGGAGCUGCAUCCAGAUCUCAUAUCGUAUCAUGAUGGAUGAUCUCGGCUGGCAAACCUGGGUGCUGCACCCCAGUUCCUUCGUCUUCACGGAAUGCUUGGGCUGCCAGUGCCACAAAAAGGAAAAGGGGCAGACGACCCCCGUUUGGAUGCAAGAGUGUGGACUCCUUGGACAGCCAAACCAUCAGCCAACAGUGGACUCAAAGCAGGCACGCUGCUGUCGACCGCGCCGGACUUCAAUCUCCUUUGUGUUUCUCCAAGAAGAUGGCACAUUAGUUGUACGGGCACCACGCUUGGAUCGUGACUGCCACUGCCAACCCUGAGGCCUGCUCCACUUGGCACAAAAGAAACCGAAUUCAGGGGAUAGACAGGGAUCAUCAUCUGCAACCAUCACAGAUUUUCUCCUGUAAGGGAUGCCCCUGAACUGGCAUUUUCUGAUACUGGAGAGAAGCGGUGGGAAAACCUCUUCCACAGCCCCCUCCCACACACUAAAGAACCCCAAAUGGAGCGCUUGAGUUCCCACCUGCUGCAGAACGCUUUGAAUAAAGGCCCAUGAGCAUUUAAAUCAGGUUAGAACAAAUUUAGCUGUCAAAAGAACCUUAGAAAUUGCAAGCUUACAAGGGGAAAGGAUAGCUUUUAAUUGAGAUCUUUAGCCCUGUUACUGAACUUCAGUCCACAAGAUUUUGCUUUUAAAAUAUGAAAUGCCUUUGGAGUAGGAAGAAUUCCGUAAUACGGUUGCAAUUUUUUAAAAAAAUAAGUCACCGCUCCUGUUUGAUCUACAGCCAACAACAAGAAAUCAUGCUUAGCUCCCUGCCCUGGAAAGCUUCACCACAAGCUUUUUGUCGAUCAAGUUGUUGUUAAAGACACAGGAGCAGGUCAGGCUGUUUUUCCCCAUCAGUUGGCAACCCUGUUAUAUACUCUUGGUGCACAUCAGAUAAAAAAUCACUUGUGAUGGUCCCAUAUAGGGAUGACUGUUUUAAAUUCCCAGUGUAGGCCUCCCCACAAUGUCAGUUCUUUCUAUUGCUUUCCCCCACUCCCCACCCCAGGCAUGGCAGAAGACAGAUUGUCCAAGGACACUUUUAAAAAUUGUUUUCACUAUGAAGAAAUAUAUCAGAUUUACAAUAAAAACACACCAACUAUUUUAAUACAA